AUUUUAACCAGAGUCAUAACUUGUGAUUUGUUUGUGCUCCCAUUCAGCAUAUAAAACCACCCCUAUCUGCCUUUGUUGACCAUCUCUAUUCCUGUCUAUGUUACUUCAUAUUUCUACAUCUUGAAAAAAGUUGAAACUCAUCAAAUGGAGUCUGAUCUUAAUCAUCAAGCUGCACCAUCAGAAAAUUCCACUGAGGGUGAGGAUCAAGGUGCAAGUCACGUGACAUCAAGGUCCUAUGAGUGCAACUUCUGCAGGAGGGGGUUCUCUAAUGCACAAGCACUAGGGGGACACAUGAACAUCCACAGAAAAGACAAAGCCAAGCUCAAACAGCAGCAGCAACAACAACAACAAUCUUCAAUUUCAAACCAAACUGAACCAUCUUUGGACAAGGUCAUUCCGCAGGAUCAAGCCAUGUCUGGUGAAGCAAAUUGGAAUUGGAAUGUGUCAUCUCAACAAGAACACGCCUCCUCCAGAGCCAUUCACACGAAGCAGCUUCCACUCUUUGCAGAAUCACCAACUAGCAGUGAAACGCAAAAUUCGCCACUAGGUCAAACUACUACUGAACAGACUUUGUUACCUAGACAAGAUUCUUCAUCGGAGGAGUUAGACCUUGAACUGAGACUAGGACCUGAACCACAGGAUCCAUCAGAAACGGGUACAAGAAAUUUUUUUUGAGUUCAAUCCUCAAUACGUAAUUAUUUGUAGAUGUUCAUGAAACCCCUUUUUUUUCUUUGCGAAGAGAGUUCAUAUACUGUUUGAUUUAAAAUUAAUUAUGAGCAUUGUUUUGUAUUUCAUAUGUUGGUUGUAAAAUUUACUGGACAUGACAUGAUUACUGCUUUUGAUUCGUUUAUUUUGGGUACAAUUUUGAGUCUUGCACCGCAAUCCAAGUAUUGC